AUGCAGGUGAAAAAACAAAUGGGUUCGGACAUGAGCCCUGGAGAGGGCAUUCGUAAAAAGUCAUCAUGCUUCUCAAACAUCAAGAUAUUCUUGAUAUCGGAAUGUGCCCUGAUGUUGGCACAGGGCACUGUUGGAGCCUACCUGGUGAGUGAAACAUUUUAAGCUGUGUCAUUGUCUGUCAUGUCUCUCAUGAGAACAUCUUGCCAGACGCAUGUUUCAUAUGCAUUUUAGUAGUUUGGGCCAUUUUAUCGUAGCUAUAACUCUAUAUCCGUGCCAGUACUGUGCAUGUAAGCAAAGUGUUUGUCAUGAAACGUGCAACAGCUAUGACAUAACGUUAGUGAGAUAAUUUGUAGCUAACCGGUUUAAGAAGGCUUGACAUCCACGGGUGUUUUAAAUACGCAGUAGCCAGUGCCCAUACACAUGUGGGAGAUGCAAUAUUAAAUUGGAAACACAUUUUCGUCUGGUUGAAGAGUUGAACAUUGUCCAUUUGUCAACAGCAAACGUAGCCUAUAUCCCCUCAGUCAACAACACCGUUAAUGAUGAUUUAAUCUCCUAAUGCCGCACCUAAAUAAUCCAAUUGUCCAAAAUAACACUCAGAUUCCGUAGAGGACAAGAAUGAACAGGUGACUUGUUAGUAGUCUAUGCGGCAAAGGGCUCCUAUAGCUGUAAUAUACAGUACGUGUAAUGUACUGCAAUAACACAAUCUAUUGAUGUAGAUCAGUGAAAUGUACCUGUAUUAUACCUGUAUUAUCAAAGUGCCACCCUUGAAAGCAAUGCUAUCUUGAUUAAGAAGAGCAGGCAAGGCUAUUCAACUCUUUUAUCUCUAGUUCAAACUUGAUGCGUCUGAUAUUCUAUAGGCCUAUUUGGUUGAAGCUUUUAAAUCGUUUUAGUCCUGUAGGCCAUCAGUGCAUAAUUAUUUUCCAUACUCACUUCUCUAAUUCAGUGGUUUUAUGGUGAUCAACAUUUCUACCACAGUUCUCAUAUCAAAUGAAACAACAAAUGAUGGAUGAGUGAAUUAAUUAUUUUAUGGUAGGUUAUUUUAGGUCACAUGCUGGGCUAGUACUUCCCAGCGAACUCAAAGAUGUAACCUGAAAUACUUUAGCCUUAUUUGGAGUGGAACAUGUUAUCUAUUCUGUCGCACUGAACCACAAGCCUCCUCCUGACCAUGGGAAUAGUGUUGCCUACGUGGAUGAAGCAUGUUGGUAUCCAGUCAGAAUUUCCCCUGGACUUUGAUUUUUGAGCCAAAAGUACAAUUAAUGAGAAUCCAUCACAUCCUGCUUUUGAUAUGGAGUUUAAUGACCCCAAAUUAUUGAGUGGAUUGUUUCCCCAAGUACUUGGUACUUUGUUUUUUCCCCGAUCUAUUUAUUAUAUUUUUUAGAGCAUGUUGUUAUAACAUGUUUCUUAAAUCUAUUUGGAUUGACUAACUUUAUAACAGUACAUGCAUGUGAAGUAAAGUUCUUGUGAAAUUAGGCCUAUAAACAGUAGUCUCCACCCUUCCUCUCUCACUUGGAUGGAACAUUGCAGUCAUUUUUCUGUGAUGUGUCUCUGCUAUGUAUUUACUUGCCAGUCACAGGGGCAGGGAAAUGGGUCUAUCAGGAUUCCUCUGUGUGAUAAUUGGUCUAGUCAUGACUCAUUUCAUUAAAAUGUAGUUGAAAUGGAAUAUGGCUCAUCUGCAGCAGUGCCUCCACGGAACUGAUGGCUUUGUGUCCUUGUUUAUACAUAGGCACUUAUAGCUUAGCUUAGCUCGAAUGUUUACACACCAUUAAAGCCCUGUUUCACUUGUACUAUGUCAAUGUUUUCAACUACACUUUACAGGAGGUUAUUCUAUAGAAAGUUAACAAACAUUGAACUAAUAAGGGUUUACUUUAAACUGGUAAGCAAAGAUGAGUUGGUGGGAGGCUAGUCACUAAGCAGGUACACUACCGGUCAAAAGUUUUAGAACACCUACUCAUUCAAGGGGUUUUCUCUAUUUUUUACUAUUUUCUACAUUGUUGAAUAAUAGUGAAGACAUCAAAACUAUGAAAUAACACAUAUGGAAUCAUGUAGUAACCAAACAAGUGUUAAACAAAUCAAAAUAUGUUUUAUAUUUGAGAUUCUUCAAAUAGCCACCCUUUGCCUUGAUGACAGCUUUGCACACUUUUGGCAUUCUCUCAACCAGCUUCACCUAUAAUGCUUUUCCAACAGUCUUGAAGGAGUUCCCACAUAUGCUGAGCAUUUGUUGGCUGCUUUUCCUUCACUCUGCGGUCCGAUUCAUCCCAAACCAUCUCAAUUGGGUUGAGGUCGGGUGAUUGUGGAGGCCAGGUCAGGUCAUCUGAUGCAGCACUCCAUCACUCUCCUUUUUGGUAAAAUAGCCCUUACAGAGCCUGGAGGUGUGUUGGGUCAUUGUCCUGUUGAAAAACAAAUUAUAGUCCCACUGAGCCAAACCAGAUCGGAUGGCGUAGCUCUGCAGAAUGCUGUAGUAGCCAUGCUGGUUAAGUGUGCCUUGAAUUCUAAAUAAAUCACAGACAGUCUCACUAGCAAAGCACACCCAUCCGUAACACCUCCUCCUCCAUGCUUUACGGUGGGAAAUACACAUGCGGAGAUCAUCCGUUCACCAACUCUGCGUCUCACAAAGACACGGCGGUUGGAACCAAAAAUCUCCAAUUUGGACUCCAGACCAAAGGACAAAUUUCCACCGGUCUAAUGUCCAUUGCUCGUGUUUCUUGGCCCAAGCAAGUCUCUUCAUCUUAUUUAGUAGUGGUUUCUUUGCAGCAAUUCUACCGUGAAGGCCUGAUUCACACAGUCUCCUCUGAACAGUUGAUGUUGAGAUUUGUCUGUUACUUGAACUCUGUGAAGCAUUUAUUUGGGCUGCAAUUUCUGAGGCUGGUAACUCUAAUGAACUUAUCCUCUGCAGCAGAGGUAACUCUGGGUCUUCCAUUCCUGUGGUGGUCAUGAGAUCCAGUUUCAUCAUAGCGCUUGAUGGUUUUUGCGACUGCACUUGAAGUAACUUUCAAAGUUCUUGAAAUGUUCCAUAUUGACUGACCCUCUUUGCUUAUUUGAGCUAUUUUUGCCAUAAUAUGGACUUGGUCUUUUACCAAAUAGGGCUAUCUUCUGUAUACCCCACUCCACAAAUUAACUUUUAACAAGGCACACCUGUUAAUUGAAAUGCAUUCCAGGUGACUACCUCAUGAUGCUGGUUGAGAGAAUGCCAAGAGUGUGCAAAGCUGUCAUCAAGGCAAAUCUCAAAUAUAUUUUGAUUUGUUAACACUUUUUGGGUUACUACAUGAUUCCAUAUGUGUUAUUUCAUAGUUUUGAUGUCUUCAGUAUUAUUCUACAAUGUAACAAAUAGUAAAAAUAAAUAAUAACCCUUGAAUGAGUAGGUGUUCUAAAACCUUUGACUGGUAGUGUACAGUUGAAGUCGGAAGUUUACAUACACUUAGGUUGGAGUCAUUAAAAUUCGUUUUUCAACCACUCCACAAAUUUCUUGUUAACAAACUAUAGUUUUGGCAAGUCGGUUAGGACAUCUACUUUGUGCAUGACACAAGUCAUUUUUCCAACAAUUGUUUACAGACAGAUUAUUUCACUUAUAAUUCAAUGUAUCACAAUUCCAGUGGGUCAGAAGUUUACAUACACUAAGUUGACUCUGCCUUUAAACAGCUUGGAAAAUUCCAGAAAAUGAUGUCAUGGCUAAUUGACAUCAUUUGAGUCAAUUGGAGGUGUACCUGUGGAUGUAUUUCAAGGCCUACCUUCAAACUCAGUGCCUCUUUGCUUGACAUCAUGGGAAAAUCAAAAGAGCCAAGACCUCAGAAAAAAAAGUGUAGACCACAAGUCUGGUUCAUCCUUGGGAACAAUUUCCAAACGCCUGAAGGUACCACGUUCAUAUGUACAAACAAUAGUACGCAAGUAUAAACACCAUGGGACCACACAGCCAUCAUACCGCUCAGGAGGGAGACGCGUUCUGUCUCCUAGAGAAAAGUGCAAAUCAAUCCCAGAACAACAGCAAAGGACCUUGUGAAGAUGCUGGAGGAAACAGGUACAAAAGUAUCUAUAUCCACAGUAAAAUGAGUCCUAUAUCCUCAUAACCUGAAAGGCCGCUCAGCAAGGAAGAAGCCACUGCUCAAAAACCGCCAUAAAAAAGCCAGACUACGGUUUGCAACUGCACAUGGGGACAAAGAUCAUACUUUUUGGAGAAAUGUCCUCUGGUCUGAUGAAACGGGUGCACUUCACAAAAUAGAUGGCAUCAUGAGGAAGGAAAAUUAUGUGGAUAUAUUGAAGCAACAUCUCAAGACAUCAGACAGGAAGUUAAAGCUUGGUCGCAAAUGGGUCUUCCAAAUGGACAAUGACCCCAAGCAUACUUCCAACGUUGUGGCAAAAUGGCUUAAGGACAACAAAGUCAAGGUAUUGGAGUGGCCAUCACAAAGCCCUGACCUCAAUCCAAUAGAACAUUUGUGGGCAGAACUGAAAAAGCGUCUGCGAGCAAGGAGGCCUACAAACCUGACUCAGUUACACCAGCUCUGUCAGGAGGAAUGGGCCAAAAUUCACCCAACUUAUUGUGGGAAGCUUGUGGAAGGCUACCCAAAACGUUUGACCCAAGUUAUACAAUUUAAAGGCAAUGCUACCAAAUACAAAUUGAGUGUAUGUACAUUUCUUCCCACUGGGAAUGUGAUGAAAUAAAUAAAAGCUGAAAUAAAUCAUUCUCUCUACUAUUAUUCUGACAUUUCACAUUCUUAAAAUAAAGUGGUGAUCCUAACUGACAUAAAACCACAUUUUUACUAGGAUUAAAUAUCAGGAAUUGUGAAAAACAGAGUUUAAAUGUAUUUGGCUAAGGUGUAUGUAAACUUCCGACUUAAACUGUAUGUCUGCUUGUAAAGUAUACUCUGGGUCAGGCAGGGAUUUGCAAAUGAUGGAUCAGAGAGGGAUGCGCAUGAUUUGCGUAAGCAAACAGGACUUCAGCAAUGCUCUAUCGUCCGUAAGCACAGCUAGUCUCUUUAACAUGGCACCUGCCCCAUUUGCAUGGGCUGGAAACCAGGCACCAGCUCCAGCUACAGGGACAAGCUGAUGACCCUGUCAUGACCUCAUCAGAUGUUCUCCUGUCAGAGCUACUGUUGUGUCUAUGAUAGGAUGAGGCGACUUAAAGUGUGUGCGUGCAGCCAGGGAGCCAGCCUGGAAGUCAUGGGUCAUGGCCUAUGCUCUUGCUCCACGUUAGCCGCUUUCAAUGGACAGACUCUUUUCCAGGCAACAUAGUCUCUGGGUAAAUAGUCAGUGCACAAAACUGCAUGGACAAUUACUCUCAAAACUGUGGGGUUGUGAUAUGACUGUCAGCUUCCCUAGUUUAUUUUGAGAAUUAUCUGGAAAUGGUGUGUAGGCCUACCUUUAGUUCUCAGUUCUCGGAAAUUCAACUGAAUGUGGUUUCAGCCUUUGUAGUCCAAUUUUGUAUGUUGUGGUGAUGAUUGACAGUGGUGAAUUUGUUUCCUGUUAUGUGAUCCAUCUACUCGUUGGAAAACAGGCUGAACUAUCUAUGUAUUUUAUCAUUUCCCCCUCAUAUAUUAGAUUUUCGAACCCAGCUUUAGUAGUUGAUUAUGUUAAUUAGACACCAACUUUUUUGAGACUUUAAUCCAUUCAGGUUAAGUGAUAGUUAAAGUUUGUUGUUACUACCAUGCAGUAUCCAAUCUUGCAAUUUGCAGAUUGGUAAAGUUUAGAGAGUACAGACAAACAGUGAAAUAUUUAAUUGCCAAGGGAUCAACUUCAUGUUUUGGAAUUAGAUAGGGUUUUGUCAGAAAAAGGCCUCUGACAGACACUGAAUUGUCCUUUUGAAAGGGCGUCUAGACAGAAUAGGAACCUGAGACACACUUCAAGAGUUUUAUUUAGCAAACGGCUAUAAUUAUGUCUCAUACUGUGCUUACACAAACCUUAUCCUAUUGUUUAAAAAAGGGAUGUUUGUGUGGGGUUUGGCUCCUCUGAGGUAAUGUUGAUGCGACAGUCACAUUGUUCAUGAAAACACUGCCAGACAAGUUUGCAUUGUAACCAUGCUGCAAUAAAUAAAACAAACUUUCGUGACUGACUGUUUAGUCCUGGGUUCAAGGUUCCAGGUCUAUCUUUAACUAUGUACACACAUUGGAAUUUAGGGGAUGGGUGCUCUUCUAAAUUCACUGCACUUUUCAGGGCUCACUAAGCUGGCCUGGGCAGAAGAUGACAUGACAUGGUCUACCUGGCCUGGCUGCCAUUCCUCUGCUGUGGCGUGGUGGUGAGGUGGAGGUUCAGUAGCCUGUGCUGGUUUCUGCUGAGUGCUGAGAGCUCCAGCUGUGCCGUGAACAGGUUGCAUUGGCUUGGCAUGGGCUCUGAGGACAAGAGCAGAUGGUGAUGUUUCCAGCCCAGCUCUUCGCUCUUCCAGUAUUGCUGGGAAGCCACGUUACACUCUCUGGCAACUCAAAUGAGACUGCAAGCCCAUUUUGGACACACAUAGCAUCCCUAUUGCUGAGCUGUAGUUUUAAGAGAAUAAAACAUUUUAUAAUAAUAGGCCUUGUGCAAAGGAUGACAUCACUACAUUGAUCCACCUGUGGUUGUGUUCACAUUUAAUCAAAGUGUAGCUAGUUGUAUUAGUAUAGUUAUUACUCAGCCACACCUGCCAUUUAAAGUAAUUUAAGUCACUUUGUAGUCACAGAGAGAAUAACAAUUUUCCUGCUGGCAUCUACGUUAGCUGUUGUUUUCCUGUCUCCACAGGUCCUUAGAGGAGCUUAACUUAGCCUAUUAGCCUGUUCGACAUCGCUGUGGGAAUGGAACAGGACCAUGCCCUUUCAAGGGCAUUUUGGGACACAUCUGAAAAUAGUUUGAUACAUUUGUGAAAAUGUGACUGGUGGGAUAUGGCUCAGCAGUUGGUUCUCAGACAUUACAAACCCACAUUAUUUUUUGUGAAAUCCCUCCAGGCAAUACUUACCAAUUGAAGUAAAGGCAGACGAGGAUGCUGCAUGCAAAAUUAGAUAAAUCGGAGGAUCCACUCCUUUGAGAAUGGGCAGCAUAUUAUACUUCCUGCCGAGUAAGGGAUAUUGUUCCUCUUCUUUAUGGUAGAGCAUUUGUGUGUAUUCCAUGCAUGUCUGUUUCAGAGUCUUGUCUUGGUCUUUCCAUACAUCGUUGUUGCCUUUACAGUGUUGAUACAUAUGUGUGGGUGGUUGGUUGGCUAUGUUCUUUAAGAAUCUUUCUACCCUAUUAGGAGACAACCAAUGCAGGUAUCUGGGCUUAAACCACAUUCAUGUACCAAAAACAGAAGACUCAGUUGGCCAGAUUCACCAAGGUCAUUGCUAUCAAACUAUGUACAGUCCUCCUGAGCCUGUGUGAAGUUGUUUAUCAUUCAAGUUGCGUUCAUCAUGGAAAUCAGUGUCUUAUAAAAAACCUGGUGAUUCACUGUCUGCUUUCGUGGCAGUUACAAAUUGGGUUUGGUAAGUCUGUGAUGGGGUGCAUAUCACAUGAAAAAAAAUCUAAAUGAAAUGGAGAUACAUUGUAUCAUUAUACUUAGUUAGGAUCCUAUCUGAUGAACUGAAAUGCAAUCCAUAAUGUCUGACUUCCAUGUAUUAUACCAACAAUGGCAGAAGGGAGACAAAAUCCCCUGCUGCCCCAGCUUCCAUCUAGAGACAGUGGUAUGCAUUAAAUGCUGAGAGAGGAGAGAGAGAGAGAGAGAGAGAGGGAGAGAGAGAGGAGAGAGAGAGGAGGAGAGAGAGAGAGAGAGAGAGAGAGAGAGAGAGAGAGAGAAGAGAGAGAGAGAGAGAUGAGAGAGAGAGAGGAGAGGAGGAGAGCUAGAGAGAGAGAGAGAGAGAGGCUAGCGAGAGAGUAUGAUAGCUAGAGAGUAGAGAGAGAUCGAGAGGAGUACUCGCUCGCAGAUCUUCGCGAGCUCAUCGUAGAGACUCUCUCUAGCUAUAUAUCCGGCGCGCCUUAGUGCUGCAGUGCCCAACUAAUGAAAUACAGGGAUGGAUCUUGGCAGACAGGAUUUUACUCGGACCACAAUAACAAACAUCUGAAGAGGUCUGUGAGUCAGUAUAUCCAAAGGAAAGGGAUUAUGUAAAAGGCUGUGCUUUAUUUCUCUCAUCUGCUCUAAACCCUCUUGUGGUCUGCAUGCUACUUCAUUCAAAAUUCCACCAUGCAAAUAAUAUCCUAUUUUUUUCUCAUUUACCCCUUAUAAUUCCAAUAUGUAGAGUUUUAUGUAAUUAUUUUGUAUUACAUUUGGUAUAAUCAAUUAUUUCAGAGAUGUAUAAUAUAGAAACAGUUCAUUUGACUUAUAUAACGUUGUUCUGUAAUAACCAAAAUGAUAUGACACUUAAUCCGAAUUAAUAAAUACAAAAAUACUAGGGGUGUAACGAUCCAUCUACUACAUCGAUGUAUCGAUUUAUAUUCCUAUGAUCCAACUACAUCGAUCUGUGCUAGGCGAGUUGGCCUUUUGGACAACAUAUAUCAAUCUAACAUCGUUUUAAAAUGUAAUAAAUCGAUUGUAUCGAUACUAGGAAAUAACCCAUUGGAUUUAAGCACGUCAGACUUUAUAUGGAUGUUUUUUCUUAGCACUUUUAAUGAUAAAGGCUUUAAACAUUACUCGAUUCAGUCUGCCUAUCCGUGACGUCAUCGCCCCGCGCCAGCAGCAGCGCAAAGGCGCAAAGACAACAAAACAUAGCAUGGCGGACGACAGAGGAGAAGCCGACGAGCGAGAAAUUAUCAAGCCACCAUUGUUGUCCUUACAAGAAACAGGAAUCUAGGAAACUUCACCUGCACUGUCCAGUAUCCAGGUAUUUAUUUCAGUCACACUGGUUGAAUUUUUGGCUAAAAGGUUACUGAAUCGAUUUCAAGUCACUGAAUCGUUUCGGAUCGUAUCGUUCUAAAUGAACCAAUAUCGUCCUUGAAUCGUAUCGACAACCACGAAUCGUGAUACAAAUCGAAUCGUUGUUAAAACGAAUCGUUACACCCCUAAAAAAUACCCUAAAUACAAAUGUAUUUUUUUUCUCAAUGUUUAGGCCUACAGUCUCGGUUAUUUGUUUUUCAAUGGCAACUGUAAAAUACUGCACACAUCUGUGAUGUGAUUCAGUAUACCACAGGCCAUUCAUUCAAAUGCAUCAAAUAUUUCAAGUGACUCUAGUUUUCUUACUCAUGGUAAAACUGUAGUUGCUAUUUGUAAGCUAGGUGUUUUCAUGUUCCUCUCAAUUACAUAAUUCUCAGCUAGUGUGAAAACAAUAGGCUUUAAGCCUGGUAAUAUUUCAGCCUCACAAUGAUAAUACCCUGUAAUUUACGGAGUUAAUCAGUUUUGGGAAGUUAGUUAUGAUUGCCUUUUAUGAGUAACAUAUUUCCUCUGCUGUUGCUUUCACAGGUAAGUGUCCUGACCACCCUGGAGCGACGAUUCAACCUCCAAAGUGCCGACGUGGGUGUGAUCGCCAGCAGCUUUGAGAUUGGCAACCUGGCUCUCAUCCUAUUCGUCAGCUACUUCGGGGCCAAAGCACACCGGCCAAGGUUGAUUGGCUGUGGGGGUAUCGUCAUGGCGCUAGGAGCUCUUCUGUCAGCACUGCCAGAAUUUCUAACCAAACAAUAUGAGUACCAGCCAGGGCAGACAUGGAGGACUGAGGUGGGCAGGAAUGGGUGCGCCAACAGUACCAGGAAUGGUGGGCAGUACAUAGAGGAGAUGUGUUCCAACAAGGCCAACACCAACAUGAUGUACCUGUUGCUGAUUGGGGCCCAGAUGCUGCUGGGGAUUGGAGCCACCCCAGUUCAGCCCCUGGGUGUGUCAUACAUAGACGACCAUGUGAAGAGGAAAGACUCCUCUCUGUAUAUAGGUAAGUGAGUUAGAUGCAUGAAUGCAGGGGUUUUCAAACUGGGGUCUGCCGAGGUACUGCAGGGGGUCCGUAAAAAAAUAAAUAAUAAUAAUAAUAAUCAGGGAGAAUCUGAAAAUUCCCAAAACCUUGCAUUCAGGGCACAUUCCCAUUGGUUUUCUUAUAAUGUCUGAGCAGAGGAACACUGUAUUAGCCAUGGAGAAAUGCAUAGAAUUGCAGGAAAUUAGCUUUAAAACUGCAAAAUUGUCUCUCAGCUCCAUGCCAAACGGUGUAGAAUUGCUGGAAAUUUGCUUCAGAACUGCAAGAAGUGUUGUGUGGUCCUCAGUAGCUCAGUAGAGUAAGGCUCUUGUAAUGCCAGGAUAGUGGGUUCGAAUUCCAGCACCACUCAUACUUAAAAAAUGUAAACACGCAGUCCGUCAUGUAAGUCGCUUUUGAUAAAAGCUAAAUGGCAUAUAUUAUAUUAUAUAUUGAAAUAAUAUUUAAGAGAAGGAGAUUGUUGUCACACUGGCAUUUCAAAAUGAAUUUGUUCCAGCGCCAAGGGAUUCACAAGACUACCUAAAUUGGUACUUCUGUAUGGUGGAAGGACUAACAGUGGUUACACAUCCUUGCCUUUGAGUCAAUACAGCGUGAAUGUAUUCUCUGUGUUGUGCUCACCGCCAGGUGAGCAGAUCUGUGAGGGGUUUAUAUUCUCAAUUACAUUUGUGCUGGAAUCACAGUCAAGUGCAGACGCCAGGGAUGGCAAAGGAGCAUUAAUGUGCAAAAUAUCUCCACUCAGCUGGCUUGCUCUCUCACACAGGUGUUUCACUGCUGAUGUGGCUUUUCAAGGUUUUAACAGUGCAUUCAAAGCACUUUCUGAGAUAACCUUAAAUAGCAGAUUAUUAUUUGUGAAUGUACCUUAAGGAUACUGUAAAGGCCCAUGUUUUGACAACAUUGUUGAAGGCACAUGAUCACUGAUAUUUUUCUGCCUAGCUGUACGCUGUCUGGUGUACAUUGAGCAUUCAGUGUGUGUAAUUUUAACAUGAGACCACCUUGUAUGAUCACAAUUACACACCAUAGAUUAAUACUCCAUUCUGAUUGGCUGAAGGGCGUACACAGGGCAUGUUAUAGCACAGCCAUUAGGCUAGAUGUAGGCUGCUGGCUCAAAUCUGCUGCAAGAGGAAGACCCCCUACAGAGAUAAUUCACAGUCAUCUUACAAAUUGAGAACUAAUUUCUCUGACUGCAGCUCACUUUGAAGACCUACAGUUGUCAAGGUGACAAAUCUUUGAGGGAUUAUUGGACAUUUCCCUGCAACAUGUGCUCUUUCUUUUUUGUAAUUAUAUAUAUAGUUAUUUUUUUACACCCCUUUUUCUCCCCAAUUUUGUGAUAUCCAAUUGGUAGUUACAGUCUUGUCCCAUCGCUGCAACUCCCGUACGGACUCGGGAGAGGCGAAGGUUGAGAGCCAUGCGUCCUCCAAAACAUGACUCUGCCAAACCGCACUGUUUCUUGACACACUGCUCGCUUAACCUGGAAGCCAGCCGCACCAAUGUGUCGGAGGAAACACUGUACAACUGGCGACCGUGUCAGCGUGCAUGCGCCCGGCCCGCCACAGGAGACGCUAGAGCGUCUCGGCCGGCCAAACCCUCCCCUAACACGGACGCUGGGCCAAUUGUGCGUCGCCUUAUGGGUCUCCCGGUCAUGGCCGGCUGCGACACAGCCCGGGAUUGAAUCGGGAUCUGUAGUGACGCCUCAAGCACUGCAGUGCCUUAGACCACUGCGCCCAACAUGUGCUCUUUCUUCCGUAUUUUUUGUUGAUAAUGAAAGAGAUAGCAUUGUUAACCUGGUAUAUACAGCCACCAAUUCUCAUCAAAGCAAGCAGGUUUCCUAUUUUGAAAGAGGCAUGGCUGUAACGUGUUGUCCUUGCAUGCACAUUAGUAGCCUUUGAUUUGAUAGAGACGACGUGGCUUUGUGUAUCAGCUACUGGCUGCAUACGUGGCCAUGUUUGAUAUAUCAGCAGUACAACAGACUGAAAGGACGGCUGAAGAGGAGACAAGGUCCACGUUGCAAACAAACUUCCGGAAACACUCACAACAUUAGUAAUGGGGAUGACAUUUGUUAGUGUAACUAGGAUGUGAAUGUCAAACUCAAGGAUAAAGGCCUUCAGUGUCUUGUGUGAUCUUAGGCCAACAGCGUAGACCUCCCUAACUUUCAUUCUUAGUCAUAUGUACUUUGUUUCAAGUCCUAGCUAUUUUUCACAGCACGUUGUGGUUUUUCUAUAAGUGACAGAAACAAACAAGCGCAGAACAAAAGAGCUUUGACGUAAGGCAGAACUGCAGCGCCUUGUUAACACUGUACAGUAGGAAGUGGACUCUCAUUGAUUAAAGUUUGGCAGGCACAGAGGGAGAUUUGGUGCUGUUCUCCUCAGAUAAGCUGCAAGGAGAGUUGGAGGAAAACAAGUGGUGAGCGUUGGAGAACAAUGUGUUAUUGAGUUGGGAGCAUGUGCUCAGCUGAUCGUUCUAAUCCCCAUGCUGUGGGCAUGUCAUGUGCUUGUAGCAGCAUGAAUGGACGAGAUUGUCUGAACCUCUCUAAGAUUUAUUUUCACAUGCUGAUAAUGUAUUCGAUGAUUGUUCAUUAAUGUACACAUCAUUGUACGCAGGGAACAUACACAUUGUUAAGGUAAUCAGAUAAAGUUUUACUUUCGUUGUAAUUUACAGUCUUUUUCCUUUGCUAAAUAGUUUUCUAACACUUUUACAAGACACUCCGGAUUCAGCAUGACAGCGUUGAAUUUCACUGCCUCGAAAAGCUGAAAUACUGUAGAUGCUUCUAUAUUUCCACAUACAGAUAUAUAUUAUUGUUGACAAAUGUAGACCAAACACACCCAUAGACAUUACUAAAGAAAAACCACCUCAACAUACAGCACCUGCACGGGGGAGGCUGAAUAUGUUGUUUUAUAUGGGCUUAAUACAUCCAAAUGGCCCACGGUAUGAAGGUUAAUAGCUGGUGUUAUGGUAGCCUAAUUGAUUCUGUAUGUUUAAUGACUAAAACAGACAGUCAGCAUAGUGAUUUCCCUUUAGCCCCCUAGUCUCCCGUCUCCCGCAGUCUGUCUGUCUGUCUGUCUGUCCGUCUGUCCAGCCUGAACAAUUCUAUUACAUGCUCGCUAUGUCAGAUUUUACUCUUUAUAUUUCACUACAAUACAUUGAUGCUGUAAGGAUAACCUGAAUUAACAGCCUCACAUACUGUCCAUGAAAUGGAUGGAGCAGUGCGGUGCAUUUAAAGGGUUAAAGGGCAUAGAAACAGUUGACAGAGGAGGACGAGGUGGUAGUAGUAUAGGCAGUCAGAGAGCAGUGAGAGAGGAUAGUACUCUUGCAGAACUAUACAGUGUGAUCCUUGUAAAGGGUGAUGAAGGCGUAUGUGCUAUUUGAACAUGUUAAAGAAAGCUGCUUGCAAGAUGUAUCACUGUAUUGAGUCUGUUCUCAGUCUGACACAACCAAGUUCAUACUGUACAUCAAUGUGUCAGGAGACAUGAAUAUUCAUCUGCAGCUCACAGUAACACAUUGCCUUGUCUCCUUGUAGUGCAGUGGGACCCAGUGUGUGAGGUGAAACUAUGCUAAUUAGAAUAAUAUACUACCACUAUCACACCAUUGAUAGAAGUCUCUGCUCAGAUUAAUGUUCUGCUGUGAUAUGUUCAUUUCUAAAUGAUCAUCAUCACAAACUGAUGAUGAUGAUGAUGAUGAUGAUGAUGGCAAUGACACCGCCUAUAGCCCCAGGCAUAGCAUAACAUAUUUUUUAUUUAUUUAACCUUUAUUUAACCAGGUAAGCCAGUUGAGAACAAGUUCUCAUUUACAACUGCGACCUGGCCAAAAUAAAGCAAAGCAGUGCGAUAAAAACAACAACACAGAGUUACAUAUGGGGUAAAACAAAACAUAAAGUCAAAAAUACCACAGAAAAUAUAUAUACAGUGUGUGCAAAUGGAGCAAGUUAUGGAGGUAAGACAAUAAAUAGGCCAUAGUGCAAAAUAAUUACAAUUAGUAUUAACACUGGAAUGAUAGAUGUGCAAGAGAUGAUGUGCAUAUAGAGAUACAGGGGUCCAAAUGAGCAAAAUAAAUAACAAUAUGGGGAUGAGGUAGUUGAGUGGGUUAAUUUCAGAAGGGCUGUGUACAGGUGCAGUGAUCGGUAAGGUGCUCUGACAACUGAUGCUUAAAGUUAGUGAGGGAGAUAAGAGUCUCCAGCUUCAGAGAUUUUUGCAGUUCGUUCCAGUCAUUGGCAGCAAAGAACUGGAAGGAAUGGCGGCCAAAGGAGGUGUUGGCUUUGGGGAUGACCAGUGAGAUAUACCUGCUGGAGCGCAUACUACGGGUGGGUGCUGCUAUGGUGACCAAUGAGCUAAGAUAAGGUGGAGAUUUGCCUAGCAGUGAUUUAUAGAUGGCCUGGAGCCAGUGGGUUUGGCGACGAAUAUGUAGUGAGGACCAGCCAACAAGAGAGUACAGGUCACAGUGGUGGGUAGUAUAUAGGGCUUUGGUGACAAAACGGAUGGCACUGUGAUAGACUACAUCCAAUUUGCUGAGUAGAGUGUUGGAAGCUAUUUUGUAAAUGACAUCGCCGAAGUCAAGUCGAAUGGAUAGUCCGUUUUACGAGGGCAUGUUUGGCAGCAUGAGUGAAGGAGGCUUUGUUGCGAAAUAGGAAGCCGAUUCUAGAUUUCACUUUGGAUUGGAGAUACUUAAUGUAAGUCUGGAAGGAGAGUUUACAGUCUAACCAGACACCUAGGUAUUUGUAGUUGUCCACAUACUCUAGGUCAGACCCGUCGAGAGUAGUGAUUCUAGUCGGGUGUGCGGGUGCCAGCAGCGUUCGAUUGAAGAGCAUGCAUUUAGUUUUACUAGUGUUUAAGAGCAGUUGGAGGCUACGGAAGGAGUGUUGUAUGGCAUUGAAGCUCGUUUGGAGGUUUGUUAACACAGUGUCCAAUGAAGGGCCAGAUGUAUACAAAAUGGUUGUCGUCUGCGUAGAGGUGGAUCUGAGAGUCACCAGCAGCAAGAGCGACCUCAUUGAUAUACACAGAGAAAAGAGUCGGCCCAAGAAUUGAACCCUGUGGCACCCCCAUAGAGACUGCCAUAGGUCCAGACAACAGGCCCUCCGAUUUGACACAUUGAACUCUAUCUGAGAAGUAGUUGGUGAACCAGGCGAGGCAGUCAUUUGAGAAACCAAGGCUAUUUAGUCUGCCAAUAAGAAUGCGGUGGUUGACAGAGUCGAAAGCCUUGGCCAUGUCGAUGAAGACGGCUGCACAGUACUGUCUAUUAUCGAUCUCGGUUAUAAUAUCAUUUAGGACCUUGAGCAUGGCUGAGGUGCACCCAUGACCAGCUCGGAAACCGGAUUGCAUAGCGGAGAAGGUACGGUGGGAUUCGAAAUGGUCGGUGAUCUGUUUGUUAACUUGGCUUUAAAAAACGUUCGAAAGGCAGGGCAGGAUGGAUAUAGGUCUGUAACAGUUUGGAUCUAGAGUGUCACCUCCUUUCAAGAGGGGGGUGACCGCGGCAGCUUUCCAAUCUCUGGGGAUCUCAGACAUUACGAAAGAGAGGUUGAACAGGCUAGUAAUAGGGGUUGCGACAAUUUCGGCGGCUCAUUUUAGAAAGAAAGGGUCCAGAUUGUCUAGCCCAGAUGAUUUGUAGGGGUCCAGAUUUUGCAGCUCUUUCAGAACAUCAGCUGUCUGAAUUUGCAGCGGAGGGUGCAGAGCUGGUGGCCGGGGUAGUGGUAGCCAGGUGGAAAGCAUGGCCAGCCCGUAGCAAAAUGCUUGUUGAAAUUCUCGAUUAUUGUAGAUUUAUCGGUGGUGAUAGUGUUUCCUAGCCUCAGUGCAGUGGGCAGCUGGGAGGAGGUGCUCUUAUUCUCCAUGGACUUUACCGUGUCCCAAAACUUUUUUGAGUUAGUGCUACAGGAUGCAAAUUUCUGUUUGAAAAAGCUAGCCUUCGCUUUCCUAAGUGCUUGUGUAUAUUGGUUUCUAACUUCCCUGAGAAGUUGCAUAUUGCGGGGGCUAUUCGAUGCUAAUGCUGUACGCCACAGGAUGUUUUUGUGCUGGUCAAGGACAGUCAAGUCUGAGGAGAACCAGGGGCUAUAUCUGUUCUUAGUUCUGAAUGUUUUGAAUGGGGCAUGCUUAUUUAAGAUUGAGAGGAAAGCACUUUUAAAGAACAACCAGGCAUCCUCUACUGACGGAAUGAGAUCGAUAUCCAUCCAGGAUACCUGGGCCAGGUCAAUUAGGAAGGCCUGCUCGCUAAAGUGUUUUAGGGAGCGUUUGACAGUGAUGAGGGGUGGUCGUUUGACCGCGGACUCAUUACGGACGCAGGCAAUAAGGCAGUGAUCGCUGAGAUCCUGGUUGAAGACAGCGGAGGUGUAUUUAGAGGGUAAGUUAGUCAGGAUGAUAUCUAUGAGGGUGCCCAUGUUUACGGAUUUAGGGUUGUACCUGGAUAAUUUUUGUGAGAUUGAGGGCAUCUAGUUUGGAUUGUAGGAUGGCCGGGGUGUUAAGCAUAUCCCAGUUUAGGUCACCAAGCAGUACAAACUCUGAGGAUAGAUGGGGGGCAAUCAAUUCACAUAUGGUGUCCAGGGCACAGCUGGGUGCUGAGGGGGGUUUGUAGCAAGCGGCAACAGUGAGAUACUUAUUUCUGGAAAGGUGGAUUUUUAGAAGUAGGAGCUCAAACUGUUUGGGCACAGACCUGGAUAGUAUGAUAGAGCUCUGCAGGCUAUCUCUACAGUAUAUUGCAACUCCACCCCCUUUGGCAGUUCUAUCUAGACGGAAAAUGUUGUAGUUGGGGAUGGACAUUUCUGAAUUCUUGGUGGCCUUCCUAAGCCAGGAUUCAGACACUGCUAGAACAUCAGGGUUGGCGGAGUGUGCUAACGCAGUGAAUAACUCAAACUUAGGAAGGAGGCUUCUGAUGUUAACGUGCAGAAAACCAAGGCUUUUACGGUUACAGAAGUCAACAAAUGAUAACUCCUGGGGAGUAGGAGUGAUACUGGGGGCUGCAGGGCCUGGGUUAGCCUCUACAACACCAGAGGAACAGAGGAGGACUAGAAUAAGAAUACGGCUAAAGGCUUUAAGAACUGGUCUUCUAGAGCGUUGGGUACAGAGAAUAAAGGGGGCAGAUUUCCGGGCGUUGUAGAAUAGAUUCAGGGCAUUAUGUACAGACAAGGAUAUGGAAGGAUAUGAGUACAGUGGAGGUAAACCUAAGCGUUGGGUAACAAUGAAAGAGAUAGCAUCACUGGAGGCACAGAUUGAGCUGGUCUCUGCGUGUAUGGGGGGUGGAACAAAGGAGCUAUUUGAGGCAGUUUGAGAAUGACUUGGGGUUCUAUAUUGAAAUUGUAUAAUAAGAACUAACUGGAACAGCAAUAGGCAAGGCAUAUUGACAUGGGAGAGAGGCAUAAAGCAAUCACAGGUGUUAUUAGAGAGAGCUAAGACAAGAACUGGUAAUGGCGAUGAAAGUUUGGGCUGAGGCUAAAGAGAUAAACAGGACAGGGUACCGUGUAAAGGAACAGUCCAGCAGGCAUCAGCUGUGCAGCUGAGUGAUCAUAAGGUCCAGUGAACAGCAAUAUGUGAGUCCGAGAGCAGUUCGAAUUGGUGCUAAAGCACAGCGAGCAGGAAGCACGGCUGUUGUUUGCGUGUGCUAGCGGGCCGGGGCUAGCAGAUGGAUCUUCGUGGUCUUUGCAACGGGAAGCCUGUUGAAACCACAUCAGGCGAUUACGUCGGCAGACCAGUCGUGAUGGAUCGGCAGGGCUCCGUGUCGACUCUAGGAGGUCCCGUCCGGUUGAUAUAGAGGUAGAUACCCGGGAGAUGUGCCUAACUCGAGGCUAGCUCAAGGCUGAUUAGCCAACAACAACAUCCAUUUGGUUGCAGCUAGCUAGUUGCGAUGAUCAGGUGUUAAAGGUCCAGUGAUUUAGUGAUUCCGGCAGAAAAUCCGAUAUGUUCUGGGUCGAUAACGCGCUGUGCAGACAGUGCAGACUGGCCGAUAAUAGUCCAGGCUAGAGCUGGCUGGUAGGUAGUGCAGGCCACGGACAAUGGUGAAAAACCGCUAACGGUGACUAAUAGCAAGUAGCUAGUUAGCUGGCUACUCCUGUCCGGUAGACAAAGAGGUAGAUAGCCGGGAUAUAGGCCUGGCUCAAGGCUAACUGGUGCUUGCUUCGGGGGCAGUGGUGAUUAGCCUACAGCAACAUCCAUUCGGUUGCGGCUAGCUAGUUGCGAUCCGGUGUUAGGGUCCAGUGAUUCAGUUAUUCCGGCAGAAAAUCAGAUGUUCUGGGUGAAAACCGCUAACGGUGGCUAAUAGCAAGUAGCUAGUUAGCUGGCUAGCUAGUUUCAACUGGAGAUUCUAGAUAAAGGUGAGUAAAUAAUAUAAUCCGUUCCACAUUGAGUGAGGCGGGUUGCAGGAAAGUAUAUUUAGUAGAAGGAUGAAAAGUGUGAUAGGGAAAUAUGUACGAAAAAUACAAAAGAAAUACAAAAAACAGGCUAUUCACACGGACACACAACAAAGAACACGACCACACUGCUACGCCAUCUUGGAUCACUGUAAAUAGCCACUGGGAUAAACUGUUCAGGUAAUGGCAGGAUGACAUCAGUGGAAGGCCUGUGUAAAUGUGAGAGUGUGCUAUGGAGAAGUGAGAGCAGAGAGAGCAGUGGUCUGUAGGAGUGGAGCCAUAAUUACAGAGUGAGGCAGGAAUGCCAACCAGUCAAUGUGAGGUGGGUCUGAGCGGCCCGACUGCACAUGCAUACUACAUAUCUCUGUGAAAAACAACUCCUACUGACUCGGCGACAGGGCUGGGCUGGCCUGUCUACCAGGCAGGAUUUAUAGUGCUUAAACAGCAGAUAAAACGGAUUCAAACUAUGUUAGCAUUUUAUAUAUUUCUUUACUUUCAGUUUUGUGAUCUGUCACUGUUGAAUUUGCAGGUCCAGUCAUGUUGACCACUGAACAUUGUAUUAUUUUGCUCAAAUGCAAUACUGAGGGUUGAAAGGAUUUGUCUAGGAAGGAGUGAAAUGGCUUCCAUCACGACAUGAUGUUGAAAGUGGUGCUGCGGAUAAACACUGUGUUUUACGACAUGAUCUUGUUUUCCAUGUCGUUUGGGCCAAAGGAAACAAAUAUGAUUAGCGAGUUAGUGUCAACAGGAUAUCCCUCCGUUCCCACUGCACUAUGAUCUUUCACCAUCACCUUCUAACUAUGGCUCUUCCCACAGAGCCUCAGGUUGCAAAAACAUACAUACAUGUAUGUACAGACUGUGGCUUAGCAAUGAUGCUCCCUCCAUAAAGCAUUAAUUUAACCCCACCCAUCCACCUCUCACAGCUUUUGAGGCGUUUUCCAGCCUGGGUAAUCUCCUGUAACACGAGAGGACCUAGAUAAAGACUGAAAGGAUCACAUUAGUUUAUUCAGUGUCAAUGUAUAAAUUGGUUAUGAUGGGCUCAAUUAUUGAUGUGCGUUUUAAAAGGCUGUAUUUCUAUGAUCUGGGGUCUAUAACAGAUGGUUGUUUGAUGAUUGGAAAAGUGUUAUCACUGCUCUCCAUCGUGUAACUGAAGAUCAUAUUAACUUCACAGGUUUCAGAGAUGUUUUCCUAGAUGUGAGGGGAGGCCAUAAUAGGAUGAACACUCAAGCUUGGAUCUUUUCGAUCUUGUCUUUUUCAAUUCAUGCUUCAUGCAUUUUAAUUGAUAAAGAUAAAGUUCAAACAAAAGCCUCUAUCAGAGAGGUGUCGUGAAACGUGGCCUUUUGAAAUGCAAUUCCAUUAAUGUGUGAGUGUGUCAAAUCGGCACUCUUAAGCCUGUGUCACACUAAGCAAUUUGGACGCAAUUUCUGUUGCAGAUGCUAGUUGCAAGUGACAUCAUCUCAAGCAACUUUGCUGAUACACGAAGCAAUUCAAAUGCAAUUGAAAUUGAAUGCAACAUGCAAUCCUGUCAUAAAUCACAUCAUGGUUUCAUAAAUUAUUUGUUUAACCAAAUGUUUGGUAAUUGUAACAGCAUCGAUAUAGACAAAAUGCUGACUGUACAAUUUCGAUAGUAAGCCAAAAUGUUGCCUAUUUGCCAACCAUGUUUUACCAAGCUAGAGUAAAAUAAAAAGGAAAACGCUGCACACUGUUGCUCAUACUCCCAGGAGAUUUUAUUAUAACAACGUUUCGACCCUUAGGUCUUCAUCAGGCAUCUAUAUUCUUCAGCUUUUUUACCAAGCUACAGUGCCUUCAGAAAGUAUUCAUACCCCUUGACUUAUUCUACAUUUUGUUGUGUUAUAGCCUGAAUUCAAAAUGGACAUUUGCACAUUAUUAUUUUUUUAAUUCAUCAAGCUCUGUCAAGUUGGUUGUUGAUCAUUGCUAGACCGCCAUUUUCAAGCCUUGACAUAGAUUUUCAAGAUUUAAGUCAAAACUGUAACUAGGCCACUCAGCAUCAUUCAAUGUCAUCUUGGUAAGCAACUCCAGUGUAUAUUUUGCCUUGUGUUUUAGAUUAUUGUCCUGCUGAAAGGUGAAUUUGUCUCCCAGUGUUUUUUGGAAAGCAGAAUUAACCAGGUCCUCUAGGAUUUUGCCUGUGCUUAGCAUUAUUCCAUUUCUUUUUAUAAAAAUAAAAAACUCCAUAGUCCUUGCCGAUGACAACCAACCCAUAACAUGAUGCAGCCACCACCAUGCUUGAAAAUAUGAAGAGUGGUACUCAGUGAUGUGUUGUGUUGGAUUUGCCCCAAACAUAACAGUUUCCUUCCUCUCUGGCAACAGAGUUAGGAAUUACGCCUGUAUCUUUGUAUUGACUGGGUGUAUUGAUACACCAUCCAAAGCGUAAUUAAUAACAUCACCAUGUGCAAAGGGAUAUUCAAUGUCAGUUUCUUUUAUUUUGACCCAUCUACCAAUAGGUGCCCUUCUUUGCAAGGCAUUGGAAAACCUCCCAUGGUCUUUGUGGUUGAAUCUGUGUUUGAAAUUCACUUCUCGACACUAUGUGUGGGGUACAGAGAUGAGGUAAUCAUGUUAAACACUAUUAUUGUGUCCAGGCAACUUAUUAUGUGACUUGUUAAACCCAUUUGUACUCCUGAACUUAUUUAGGCUUGCCAUAACAACAGGGUUGAAUACUUAUUGACUUGAGUCAACAAGUAUUCAACUCCUUUGUUAUGGCAUUUCAGAUUAUAUUUUUUAUUUAUUUGUACAAAUUUCAAAAAACAUAAUUCCACUUUGACAUUAUGGGAUAUUGUGUGUAGGUCAGUGACAAAAAAAGCUCAAUGUAAUACAUUUUAAAUUCAGGCUGUAACACAACAAUAUGUAGAAAAAGUCAAAGGGUGUGAAUACUUUCUGAAGGCACUGUAGCUAGCAAGCUAACCAAGCUAGCGAUGAGCCAAGCUAGCUAGCUAGCUAGUGCAGUUCAUGUUGGAAAAUUGACAGUUGAAACUGGACAAAGAAGGGUCUGGGUUCACUUUUCAAAUUACAUUUAUUGACGACCAUGUUCAUAAACCAUGACUAACCAUGGUAUCUAUAAUUGUUUACAUAUCCCAUUUGGCAUGUAUCUUUUGUCGUGGUUUUCAGCAGCACUGACAGCUGUGUUGAUAUGACAACUGGGUAGGUGUUCCAAACGGAACGAUAUGACGAGUCAUGUAAACUUUUUUCAGCUCACUGAUUGGACAUUGCAUACUGUACCGUCAGUUGCGUGAAAUAGGAUGCAAUGUGACUAAGUUGCAGGCAAUAUAGUGGGGUGACACACUGAGCAACCCAGAUGCAACUUUGUUGCAAUCAACAUAAAUUGUGUCCAGAUUGCUUCAUGUGACAUCGGCUUUGGUCUGAAGUUUGAGACUUCAUGUUCAGUCCGAGGCCCCAGCAGAGCAGACCAGGAGAAGGGAAGAAUGCUCUGUCUGUUCCAUCGUAUAAGGUACGCCAGUCUCUCCCUGGCCAACACAAGCUGUGCAGGCACAGGCCGCACACACACACAGACGCUCACACCCGCACACACACGCACAAUCCCUGGGCUCUGUCAGAAAGUGAAGCCAAACUAGAAAUGACAGACUAGCUACUGAAGGGGAACACAAAAAGGUCAUUUUUCUAUUGUGGCCGCAGACAAAACAAGUGUCCACCCUGUGGAAAGCCACAAAUAUUCGAUUCAUACCUGAGAAUGUUUGCAGCUUUAAAGAUAGAAUCCGCAUUAGGGGAAGACAGUGUCACUGGUCACCCCACCACCGUUGUUAUUGUUUUUGUUGCUCUUCUAUCAUGCAAUGAUGUCAGAGGGGGAAAACACAGUGUUCGUCUUUUGCAGUAACUUCGUUGUAGUUGUAAUAUCCCAAACCGACAUGGCUGUUUCACCAUUAAGGAUUCCAGCUUUAAGCAAUCUGCCUGUGCUUACUGGCAGACACUCCCACUUUAGUCCCUCACAUUAUAGUUUCUGAAAUUUAAACUCAAGACCUUUACUUCAAAUCAUCCUGGGAUUAAUCACUUCAAAACACGCCCAAAGAGGAAGAAGGAGAUGUUUACAUAUGAUGAACAUUCUGAGGACAAGACAGAUUUCUGUUUAAUUUAACACUUUCUUAUUUAAAAACAUAUACAGUGCAUUCGGAAAGUAUUCAGACCCCUUGACUUUUUCCACGUUUUGUUUACGUUACAGCCUUAUUCAAAAAUGUAUUAAAUAAAUAAAAAAUAUAAUCAAUCUACACACAAUACCCCAAAAUGACAAAGUGAAAACAUUUAUGAAAAAUAAAAAACAGAAAUACCUUAUUUACAUAAGUAUUCAGACCCUUUGCUAUGAGACUCGAAAUUGAGCUCAGGUGCAUCCUGUUUCCAUUGAUCAUCCUUGAGAUGUUUCUACAACUUGAUUGGAGUCACCUGUGGUAAAUUCAAUUGAUUGGACAUGAUUUGGAAAGGCACACACCUGUCUAUAUAAAGUCCCACAGUUGACAGUGCAUGUCAGAGCAAAAACCAAGCCAUAAGGUCGAAGGAAUUGUCCGUAGAGCUCCGAGACAGGAUUGUGUCGAGGUACAGAUCUGGGGAAGGGUACCAAAAAAUUUCUGCAGCAUUGAAGGUCCCCAAGAACACAGUGGCCUCCAUCAUUCUUAAAUGGAAGAAGUUUGGAACCACCAAGACUCUUCCUAGAGCUGGCCGCCCGGCCAAACUGAGCAAACUGGGGAGAAGGGCCUUGGUCAGAGAGGUGACCAAGAACCCGAUGGUCACUGACAGAGCUCCAGAGUUCCUCUGUGGAGAUGGGAGAACCUUCCAGAAGGACAACCAUCUAUGCAGCACUCCACCAAGAGUGGCCAGACAGAAGCCACUUUUAAGUAAAAGGCACAUGACAGCCCGCUUGCAGUUUGCCAAAAGGUACCUAAAGACUCUCAGACCAUGAGAAACAAGAUUCUCUGUUCUGAUGAAACCAAGAUUGAAGUCUUUGGCCUGAAUGCCAAGCGUCACGUCUGGACGAAACCUGGCACCAUCCCUACGGUGAAGCAUGGUGGUGGCAGCAUCAUGCUGUGGGGAUGUUUUUCAGCGGCAGGGACUGGUAGACUAGUCAGGAUCGAGGGAAAGAUGAACGGAGCAAAGUACAGAGAGAUCCAUAAUGCUCUGCUCCAGAGUGCUCAGGACCUCAGACUGGGAUGAAGGUUCACCUUCCAACAGGACAACAACCCUAAGCACACAGCCAAGACAACGCAGGAGUGGCUUCGGGACAAGUCUCUGAAUGUCCUUGAGUGGCCCAGCCAGAGCCCGGACUUCAACCCGAUCUAACAUCUCUGGAGAGACCUGAAAAUAGCUGUGCAGCGACGCUCCCCAUCCAACCUGACAGAGCUUGAGAAGAUUGGGAGAAACUCCUCAAAUACAGGUGUGCCAAGCUUGUAGCGUCAUACCCAAGAAGACUCAAGGCUGUAAUCGCUGCCAAAGGUGCUUCAACAAAAUACUGAGUAAAGGAUCUGAAUACUUAUGUAAAUGUGAUAUUUACGUUUUUUAUUUUUAAUGAAUUUGCAAAAAUUUCUAACUACCUGUUUUCGCUUUGUCAUUAUGGGGUAUUGUGUGUAGAUUGAUGAGGGAAAUAAACAAUUUAAUCCAUUUUAGAAUAAGGCUGUAAUGUAACAAAAUGUGGAAAAGGUCAAGGGGUCUGAAUACUUUCUGAAUGCACUGUACUCUCCUGAGAUAUCAAGUCACUUCACAGACAAUUUCACUCUUAUAUUGUAAUGUAUCUAUAUAGUAUAGUACUGUAUUUACAGUAUCAACAUCCAUCACAUUUUGCGACACAACGUAGGCUUUGGUUCUGUAAGGAGUCUGCCUGUUGUUGCAGUGGUAUAA